AACCAGUUUCGUUUCUCCGGUCCUUCCCACGACCUCCACAACUGUAAUUGAAUUUGCACUGCUCAUAACGCACACACUCACUUCAGAAGCACAGCAGCACUAGCAGCACAGCACGCCGUGAAAACUACAGCAGAACAUCACAAUGUCGACACACUCAGCCCCUAGAUCGGCUACCGUCAACAACCAUCGCGACGGCACAUCUCCGCCCUCCCAUCCCGGCGUAACGACCCGUGGACAAGAGAAGAGGGCGGCAGCCGCGGCGGAAGAGCAACGACGCCAGCGGCAUCGGAGAGAAGCGAUGCUGAUGCCGGCUGACCGCGCGAUGCCGAAAUUCGUGCUGCUGGGCGGACGGAUGUUGGAAUUGGAGAACCCAACGAUCGCUACCGCGCUAGUGUACUGGCAUCGGUACGCACGUUAUAUCGAUGUGCACCACCCGGAGGCGUUGGCGGAGAUUGAUCCACAUCUAAUUGCUGCAGCCGCACUAAGCCUCGCAGCAAAGCAAUGCGAAGACCCAGUCAAACUGCGAGACGUCGUCAAUGUAUGUUACUGGCUAGUGAAAACCGACGAAAGCGACAACCCCUACCUCGACAUCAGCGAGCGAUACUUUGAGCUUAAAGACUCCCUCAUCGACGCGGAAUUGGUCCUUAUUCGCGUACUCGACUUUGACGGAAAUGGGAGGAGGAGUGAUGGCCGAGAUCCACAUCCCCGACAACCCCAAUCCUCUCACGCCAACAGCAUCAACAACCGUCACCGCGCCGCUCCUCUCCCAGCACCCCCUACAACUUCGUCUCCACCGCCCCCAAACCCCCACCAAACCCACGCAACCCUCACCAUCACUCUCCUCCUCGACACCCACCUCUCCCCAACCCUCGCCCUCCUCACCAACCCGCGCCACCUCGCCAUCGCAUGCACCUACCUCGCCGGUCGCGCGUGCGGGGUUCAUGUCGCACUGGCUGACGCGGAUAGGGUGGUGGGUGCGGUAAGCAAUGGGAUGUUGAGGUGGAACUGGAGCGAGAAGGAUGGGAGGGGAGAGAGUGUGGAUGAGGUGGUGGGGGAUGUCGUAGCGUUUCUGCGGGGGUGGGAGGAGGGUGGGAAGUGAUGGUGUGGGAGUGGAUAUUGAUAUUUGUCCCGGACGAGGGCGAUUGGUCGGUGCAGACCCACCUCCCUUGCCGGUGGAAAUCACCCUGUCAUGAGAGUCCGACCUGCGAAUCGGUGCGCCAUCAUAGGCGUUGGACAGAAACCAGAGGAAAACCCUUCAAAAAGCACGUAACACCCGCUCAGCAGGACCGAACCGAAUGUACAAAAACAUAUACAU